GAUGAUGUCAUUUCUCUUCAGCACUCAACCUGCUAUGUACAUCCGGGUCUCUCAGUUGUCGUUAUUCGGUGGUUUGCUUCAGGCUGUCUAAGGGCAAUUUGGCAAGCGCUUUCAGUUUAGGGUUUUCUUGACAAAACAACCCUGGCAAGAAAAUACUAAUGUUUUUUUAAAAAUUGUUUUGUAUUCUUUUAGUUUUAAGUAAUGCAUCCCUGGUUUCCCCAGAACAGAGAGCUGCUCUCUUUUUCAAUCUGAAUGCAGUGAAAGGCGGUUUCCCCUUACUAUAGCUCUCUCGCUGUGUCAGUCUCCCGAUAGCCCUUCCUGUUGCUGCCUUUUUUUAUUUUUCAAAACUACUGGGAUUGGAAUCGGCACAAAAAAGAAAAAAAAAUGGGAGCAUUUUUGGACAAACCAAAGAUGGAGAAACAUAAUGCUCACGGAGCAGGAAAUAGUCUACACUAUGGGCUCAGCAGCAUGCAAGGCUGGAGAGUGGAGAUGGAGGAUGCACACACAGCUGUAAUCGGUCUGCCCAACGGACUCGACCAAUGGUCAUUUUUUGCAGUAUAUGAUGGGCACGCAGGAUCACAAGUUGCCAAAUACUGCUGUGAGCAUUUACUAGAACACAUCACAAGCAACCCAGAUUUCAAGGGUGCGGACCAAGAGCCUGCUGUGGAAAAUGUAAAGACUGGAAUUCGAACAGGCUUCCUGCAGAUAGAUGAACACAUGCGAGCCAUCUCGGAGAAGAAGCACGGAGUGGACAGAAGUGGCUCAACAGCUGUGGGUGUAAUGAUAUCCCCUAAACACAUUUACUUCAUUAACUGUGGUGACUCGAGAGGUUUGCUGAGUAGAAGUGGGAAGGUCCACUUUUUUACACAAGAUCAUAAACCCAGCAACCCACUUGAGAAAGAGCGCAUCCAGAAUGCAGGCGGCUCAGUAAUGAUUCAGCGUGUCAACGGGUCAUUGGCUGUAUCUAGGGCCCUGGGGGACUUUGAUUACAAAUGUGUACAUGGAAAGGGUCCAACAGAACAGCUUGUCUCACCAGAGCCAGAGGUCUAUGAAAUUGAAAGGUCCGAGCUUGAAGAUCAGUUUAUAAUCCUUGCUUGUGAUGGCAUCUGGGAUGUCAUGGCUAAUGAAGAGCUCUGUGACUUUGUUAGAUCAAGGCUUGAAGUCACCGAUGACCUUGAGAAAGUUUGCAAUGAGAUUGUUGACACCUGCCUAUACAAGGGAAGCCGGGACAACAUGAGUGUUGUACUGAUCUGUCUCCCAGGUGCACCCAAGGUAUCACCAGAAGCAGUGAAGAGAGAAGCGGAGCUGGAUAAGUACUUGGAGAGCAGAGUAGAAGAGAUCAUUAAGAAGCAGGGUGACGAAGGUGUGCCAGACUUAGUCCAUGUGAUGCGUACAUUAGCAACGGAGAGCAUCCCAAACCUCCCGCCAGGGGGGGAACUGGCAAGCAAACGGAGUGUCGUUGAAGCAGUUUAUAACAGACUGAAUCCCUACAGGAGUGAUGAUACUGACUGUGCAGCAGCCGACGAUGCGUGGUAAAACUGCCUGCUUAUCAGAGUUUACAGACACCCGUGAACCGAGAGCACCAUUCAUCAGUCUUUCUUUACCGUCAAUCCUCAGAGCUUUUAUUUUAAGAAGGGAAUAUGUGAUGGGGGAGGAAGAGAUACAAAAACAUCUACAGCAGCAAUCGGCCCAGGAACUGAAGAUUUGUUUUUCCACAAACACUUUUUUUUUUUUUUUUAAUUCAAUAGAAUUCUUUACUGUAAUAAUUGGACUUCAGCAUUGUGUUGUAUGAUUUUAUUUUUUUGUAAUGUGCAAUUUAUUUUUACAAAAAUACCUGUAUUUAAUGGAGCUUGAGUUGGUUUAAGUAAAAGGUAUAAGCACUGUCUGCUUUUUUUCUGGUUUUCUGGGGUGCAACAAAUAUUUGUUCAGUGAAUAUUAUUGGUAGUCUAACUGGUGAUGUGUAACUGUGUUUUGGUUUUUUUCAGAAACGGGUAAAUUUAAAUGUAAGAGCAUGGCAGACCUUUGUAAAUCAAACGGGGAAACAAACAUUAUGACUCAUAUACAUCUUUUAUCUUUCAAUGUUUUUAAAAAGUGUUUUCCAAAAUUAUUUUUCAGUGACUGUCCCCACGCCCUGCAGUUAAAUUAAAAGUAUGGUUAAUUUCAUAUGUUGCUUUUAUUUACCUCAUGACUGGCUUAUCAGGCAAAUGAGCCUGGUUCUCCCUUGUUCCCCAGUGUUAGGUCCAUUCCAGUAGAAUAUGGGGUAUUCCCUCACAUAGAAGCUAAAUCAACACUAGAAACUCAGAAUGCUUCACAAGCAAUUUAAAAUAUUAGUUGGGACUGGAAUGUGAUAACAAGGAUCCUGAGACAUUCCCCUUCACUGUGAUUUAUGAAGCGUCGUCACAAUGACACUAAUUCUUUGUUCUAUUUAAUUCAAUUGAACUAAACAGCUUUAUGACACACAGGGGUUCAAGUGACAGUAGGGUACAAUUUCCAAGUUGUGAAAGAUUGAUGUACAUGUAAAGGGUGUUUUAGUUGGCACCGAUGUUUCUGCAGUUUGGUUUUUGGGUGCCGUAUGUCUCAAAUUAAGCUGAAUGUUCUAUAGCGGGUGAAAUGAGCCUGGAAUAUUCUUAAACCCCAGUAAAGCUCAUUUCACAGAAUCAUGUACCUAAGUGCUGUCCUACCUGUGGAACCUGCAUUUUUAGCCCAGUGCUUUAUUCUCCAUGAUCACAUGCCGGGGAUAGAACAUUAUCAUUCUUGUUUCACUUAGAAUGUGGAAUUGUAUAAAGUUACAGUAACUUCCAGCUGUUACCUUUCUUAUCGCAGGGAACUUGAUUGACCAAGGUUGCUGCUAUUACAUGUGAAUGCUUUUUGCUGAGCAUUUUUUAAACCAACAAUGUCCACUGAUUUAAAGCUAUAUUUUACUUUUACUGAAGAAAACAUCUGCAGCUUUCCCCCCCUCUUUUCUCUUUAAUGUUGGUGAAAUACAUUGUUGCAAAACUGUGAUGUAAAUUGUUGACCUUCGAAAGAUUUUUCUUAAAGGAAUAUUAAACAUUGGAAGUAUUCUAAGAUCAAGGUCUUUGUAGCAGCUUUCUGGAGGUGCAGCUUUAUACACAGGAUAAAUAUUUGUUGCUUGUAAACUACUUUGCUCCUGGAGAUUUGUUUUCUUAUUCGUUGUAACCUUUUUUUUUUUUUUUUUUUUAAACUGACAAUCUAAUGCUGUAAUUCACAACUGUACAAUUAUAGUUCAUUACCUCCAUUAGGCAUUUUAAAAAGGUAAUUUGAUGGCACAUGUAAAUAGAUGCCAAAAAGAACCCUAAAAAACAUGACAUUUAAAAAGUGACCUGCAGCCAAGUAGUAUUUUGUUCUUUAUUAAUCAGAAAAAAAACAGAUAGGGGGUUUGAACUAAAUUAUUGGAUUUGACUUUAAUAUUUUCACAUGUAUAAUAAUGACCUGCCUUGUGUGUAAGUACCGUACAGCUAAUGUUAAUUGUUUAACAUGUCAACCAAGUGAUAGGGAGGAAAAUUGGACAUAUUAAAACAAUUUACCAGAAUAUAUGGCUUUUUCACACCCCUUUAAAAGGGAUCCUUUUUUUUUUUUUUUUUUUAAUACAUCUUCGUAGUUUGAGUCAAAGUUAUUGGCUGUGUUUGCAUUCAAAUUGUACUGAAUUCACUUAUUUUGUGAACUUUUGUCCUCCAUAAUUACAAUAAAUGGUUAUCUUUUAGGAUCAAAAAAAAGUAUGCAUUUGUUUUGGUUGCAAGCUAUAAAUGUCUAAUGUUUUCAGAAAGAAGGGGUAAUUCAUACUUUAGUAUUUCAUAAUAUUAAAACUGGGGAUGGUGGGGUGGAAACCCUGCAAUCUCAACAAAAUCUAUUGGGCCGUGAGCCACUUCUUUAAAAUGUAUUUUGUAUUUAUUUUUUUCAUUGUUAUAUUCCUCUUUUAUUUACAGAUUUACCUAAGAUUUAUUGCGUCUCUUAAUUAUGUGUAAUCUCUGUUUCGGUUCCUCAAGCAUCGGUGGGCUUUACAUCUACUUGGCCAGAUGGUCCCUAUGUUUGUUUGGUUUUUUUUCCUCAAAUACUGCAUAUUUUUCAUAAGUUGCAAAGACUACCAUUUUAGUUUUUUUU